GAGCUUUUUUUGUCAUACAAAGUGGACGACUUGCGGUUGGCUUCAAUUUCGAUUGACAUACGCAACGCAGUAUCCUCCACCGCAAUUCUCCCACACCAAAACCAACACCAUGCUCCUCUUCUGCCCAACCUGCAGCAACAUGCUGCGGAUCUCCAAAGUCCCCCCGGGCGACCCGACCGUCGAAGAAUCGGUCGGACAGAACCGCUUCGAAUGCCUCACCUGCCCGUACCACUUCGUCAUCAACAAGCGAUUCUUCGAGCGCAAGGAGAUCAAGCGCAAGGACGUCGAGGACAUCCUGGGCGGCAAGGGCGCGUGGGACAACGUCGACCAGACCGAGGUGCAGUGUCCGAACGAGAAGUGCAGGAACGAUAAGGCGUAUUGGUACCAGUUGCAAAUCCGUAGUGCGGAUGAGCCGAUGACCGCGUUUUAUAAGUGUACCAAGUGUGCGAAGGAGUGGAGAGAGUAGAGGGUCUACGGCGGACGGAGAACGGAUGACGUCUGGGCUCUCUUCAUUUCUUUCCUUCUUGCAGGCGUGCAUGCAGCAUUUAUCGACAUGGAGUUUUGGGGGCGAGGGGGGAUGGAUGGCUAAAGAAAAAUGGUUCAGGAUUGCGGAGUGGGAGAUGACACAUAUACCCAGUUUUUGUUUUUGUUUGAAGAGGAGAUGAAAAGCGAAGAAUCCUGUGGAAAGAUUUGAUGGCUUGAAAGGAAGGCAACGGGGAGGGAGAGAUAUUGGCAGAAUAGCCACAGUCGGCUUUCGAAGAAUUGAUCGAUAGCAACUCGACUCUAAUUGCUAAAUUUGAAAUUGACC